CACAGCCGGUAGUUUGGAAACUCCAGUGAAAUUUCGGGACGCCGACAACCCUCUUGUUCAAUCCACCAUAUCACCACCCAACGUCACCGAAAUCCGACAACCAGAAGAACCGCCAAAAUGAAGUUCCUCAAGGUCGGCCGUGUUGCCAUUAUCACCCGCGGCAGGUUUGCCGGUAAGAAGGUCGUCAUCAUCCAGCCCGUCGACUCAGGCAACAAGCUGCACCCGUACGGCCACGCUAUCGUUGCUGGCAUCGAGCGCUACCCCCUCAAGAUCACCAGGCGCAUGUCCAAGACGCGCCAAGAGAAGCGCAACAAGAUAAAGCCCUUCGUCAAGGUUGUCAACUACAACCACCUCAUGCCCACCCGCUACACGCUCGAGCUCGAGGGCCUUAAGGGCUCCGUGACCAACGACACCUUCAAGGAGGUCAGCCAAAGGGAGGACGCAAAGAAGAACGUGAAGAAGGUGCUCGAGGAGCGCUACACGAGCGGAAAGAACCGGUGGUUCUUCACUCCUCUUAAGUUCUAAAUAUUUUCUCUCUACACUUCGGCUUGGGCAGGGGCGAAUGGGUUGGGCUGUACGCAGCAUUCUCGGAAUACAAAAAUUUGAGGCUCAUGAGCUGAAUUCACCGCGGUUCUUUCUGGUCAAUUUUCAGGCGUUUCAUUGUUCCUUGGCCUUUUGUGGUGCAUGCCGGUGAUUGGGGUUUCCGGCACCUAGACAUGAUGAUGAGACCUUGUUUUAUGGUGCCUGCGCAUUUUCGUUCGGAUCUUCCGCUCGACUGUAGCAGCAGCAAGAGUCACUUCCGGCUCAUGCAACGGAAGUUUAGACAGCAAGAAAUUCAGCAUGAUACUACAUAACGUCCAUACGCCGCACAGUUUAGCAAUGUAUUGAAGACUUG